GCUUUACGAGUUCGUCCAUUCCCUCCGCCACCGCCGCCCUGCAAAAAUGGUUUCUUCACUCAAAAUCACGGUGGUUGAAACCUGCACCGUCGCUCCGCCGCCGCAGUCCGUGCCGCCGACAUCUCUCCCUCUCACCUUUCUCGACAUACCUUGGCUUCUCUUCACCCCAACUCAGCCACUCUUCUUCUACGAAUUUCCCACCAUCACCACCGCCCACUUCAAACAAAACAUCCUCCCAAACCUCACCAAAACCCUCUCCCUCACUCUCCAGCACUUCUUCCCUUUCGCCGGGAACUUGGUUACGCCGUCGCCGCAUUCCACCGGGGCGGCCCCCCACCUAGAGUACACCGAAGACGACUCCAUCCUCUUGACAGUUGCCGAGUCGCCGUCCGCCGGCGACUUCAAGAGACUCGCCGCCAACCACCAGAAAACCGCCCGAGAUUUCCGCGAUCUGGUUCCUGCACUGCUGUCCGCGGGGAGCGGCGGAGAAGCUGGUUCAAGGCAGCAGCUAUUGGCCAUCCAAAUAACCGUCUUCCCACAAGCUGGGAUUUCCAUGGGCUUCACCUUGCGCCACGUGGCAGCUGACUGGAGGACGUUCAACAAUUUCUUGAAGGGAUGGUCUUCGCUCUGCAAAAGCGGCGGCGAGUCGUCGUCGGAAUAUACCUCCUUACAUGAUAGGUCGGUGAUAAGAGAUCCAAUUGGGCUCGGGUCAACUUUCUUGAAUGAGUGGUGGGCCAUGAAAAUUGGCCGGUCAAUUAGUACUUGUGAAAAGACCAUCAUCAUAAGAUCCACUUUUGUGUUGGGUCCAAUUGAAAUGGAAUCCAUCAAGAAAUGGAUCUUGACCCGGUCCGAAACACUAUUCGGGUCGACCCAACUACUCCUCUCGCCUUACGUUCUCGUUUGCGCGUUUCUAUGGGUGUGUUGGGUGAAGGCGCAUUGGUCGACAUCCGAAGAAAAUUGUGUUCAUUAUUUUGGUUUCGUCGCUGGAGGAAUGACCCGAUUGCGCUACACGGUGCCCGACAACUACGCGGGUAAUUGUGUCGGGUUCGGUCGGUCAUCGGCCACGAGAUACGAAUUGCUAGGAGAAAAUGGAAUACUAUUUGCGGCUAGGGCAAUCGGCGACACGAUUAAGAAGUUAAAUGCGGAUAUGUUGGGUGGUGCGGAGAAUUGGAUGUCGGAUUGGAAGGUGUUACGCGAAUCGGAGCUCCAUAUAAUGGUGACCGGGUCGCCGAAGGUGGAUCUUUACGGGUUGGAUUUCGGGUGGGGAAGACCCGUGAAAAUGGAAGAUGUCUCAAUCGAUGGAACGGGUGCAAUAUCUCUUUGUGAAUGUAGAGAGGUAGUUGGGGGCGUUGAGAUCGGGGUGGCCCUUCCUAAGUUUAAGAUGGAUGAUUUUACUAUAUUUUUUAAUAAAGGUCUUAAUCAUUACUCUAUUGGUUAUUGAGAAUGAUUUUAUAAUUGAUUUCA